CCAGUUGCACUUGUGGUUUGGGCCCCAUUGUCCGCGACUCCGGAGACCGGCUCGAAGGCCGAUCGCGUUUAGCACGCACGCACGAUCCGUUAAUUUUUGCACCGUCAACGUUAUCGGACGCUUUCGUGUCGCGUUUCGGCGUCUCGAAUCCCGUGUGUACGCCCGCGAGCACGCCUCUCCGCGAAUUCUUUUUUUUUGUUUUUUCCCUUAUCGGUGACUCCCCGUUGUGAAAGUGUUUAACGAAUCUCGCAGACAUGGUCGCCGGCGGCAAGAUGAUGAACGUGAGGGUGACGACGAUGGACGCGGAGCUGGAGUUUGCGAUCCAGCAGACGACCACGGGGAAGCAGUUGUUCGAUCAGGUCGUCAAGACGAUCGGACUGCGCGAGGUGUGGUUUUUCGGCCUCCAGUACACCGACAAUAAGGGUGACCUCACCUGGAUCAAGCUGUACAAGAAGAGUGGACUUCCGUUCUUGUCUAGGGUGGUUCCGUGCGGUCUUCGAAAAAUCUGCCACGUGAUGAAUCAGGAGGUCAAGAAGGAGACGCCACUGCAGUUCAAGUUCCGUGCAAAAUUUUAUCCCGAGGACGUCGCCGAGGAGCUGAUACAAGACAUUACGCUGCGACUUUUUUACCUCCAGGUGAAGAAUGCCAUUCUCACGGAUGAAAUAUACUGCCCACCGGAAACAUCCGUUCUGUUGGCUUCGUACGCCGUUCAAGCGAGACACGGAGAUUAUCAGAAGGGCAACCAUCCCGCUGGCUUUCUGGCAAAUGAUCGGCUGUUACCACAGCGCGUGGUGGACCAACAUAAAAUGAGCAAGGAGGAAUGGGACAGCUCUAUUACAAACUGGUGGCAGGAACAUCGUGGUAUGCUGCGAGAGGACGCUAUGAUGGAGUAUCUGAAAAUUGCUCAGGACUUAGAAAUGUAUGGUGUGAAUUACUUUGAAAUUCGCAACAAGAAGGGCACAGACCUUUGGUUGGGUGUGGAUGCUUUAGGUGUGAACAUCUACGAGAAGGACGAUAAGCUCACGCCGAAAAUCGGCUUCCCCUGGUCCGAGAUACGGAAUAUCUCGUUCAACGAUAAGAAAUUUAUAAUCAAGCCAAUCGACAAGAAGGCACCGGACUUUGUAUUUUUCGCCACCAGAGUCAAGAUUAACAAAAGAAUUCUUGCGCUAUGCAUGGGCAAUCACGAGCUCUACAUGCGCAGACGUAAGCCGGACACGAUCGACGUGCAGCAGAUGAAGGCUCAAGCCAGAGACGAAAAGAUGGCGAAACAGCAACAGAGAGAGAAACUGCAACUGGAGAUAGCUGCCCGAGAGCGUGCAGAGAAGAAGCAACAGGAAUACGAAGAGAGGCUAAGAAAUAUGGCGGAGGAAAUGGAUAGGCGGCAAGCUGAGUUGAACGAGGCUCAAGAAAUGAUUCGGCGCUUGGAGGAGCAGCUGAAGCAAUUGCAGGCUGCCAAGGAAGAGCUAGAGAAUCGCCAGAAGGAAUUGACAGCGAUGAUGGAGAAAUUGGAGCUCUCGCACGAGAUGGAGGCUGCAGAGCGCGCUAAACUCGAACAGGAGAUAAGAGCCAAGCAGGAGGAGGUGCAACGCAUACAGUCUGAGGUGGAGGCUAAGGAUGCGGAAGCUAGGAGAUUACAGGCCGAGUUCGAAGCUGCCAAAAUGAGACAAGAAGAGGCUGACCGGCAAUAUCAAGCCAAUCAGACUCCGCAUCAUCAUCACGUCGAGGAGAAUGAAGAGGGCGAGGAGGAAGGUGAGGAUGAGGUUCCUCACGGAGAUGUCACCAAGGAUCUCGCGACCGAUGAGUCAAUAAUCGAUCCCGUCGAGGAGCGACGCACUUUAGCGGAGAGAAACGAACGUCUCCACGACCAACUGAAGGCAUUGAAGCAAGAUCUCGCCCAGUCACGUGACGAGUCAAAAGAAACGGUGAUGGAUAAGAUCCACAGGGAAAACGUGCGCCAGGGCCGCGACAAAUACAAGACGCUUCGCGAGAUUCGCAAGGGCAAUACCAAACGCCGCGUUGAUCAGUUCGAAAACAUGUAAAUUAAUGUGCGUGCGUCUAAUCACUUAUCUUACACAUUUCCUUUCCUACCUUCAAUUUCUCACCCGACUUUGCGAAAGCGGGGAAUGCAGUUAAAUGAUAACGAGAUGACGACAAGGAAAAGAGAAAGAGAAAGCGAAAGCGAUUAAUAGGAGAUAAGACAGGGGGAGAAAUAGAAAGAGGUAUUCUGGAGAGAUUCUACAGUCGAUGUAUAAAUAGAAUAAUUUGAAUAACAAUAAACAUAUAUGUAUAUACAUAUAUAUACAUAUAUGUACAAUAUAUAUACAUAUACAUAUAUAUUUCCGAUCAAUCAAACUUCAGCCUUUCUCAAAAUUUGCGCGAAUGACAACCGUUAUUGUACAACGAGAAUUAUGAGCAAUAUUCCACGUUAGUCUGACGACGAUUCUAUACCUUCAUGUAAACCGAUAAUCAAAGCUCUCACCCUUUUGGAUGAGAAACGCGACGAGAGCGAGAGACUCGCGCCGUCUUCCACAUUAUACUUCCACGUUAUAAUUAACGCUGCACGAUUGGCUCUAUCGCGGAAUCGUACACGUGCCUCAGGAGCGCGAGUAAUUUUCUCGCUACUUUACGUAGAAGUUCCUCGCUUGUGCGAAACUGAUACAGUCCUCCUUACUUUAACUGUCUCCUAGUAGCAGAAACUAAGUUCUGAAUGUUAUUAUUACUCUAAUAAUUUAGUUAACGAUAUUAUUCAGGUUUCGACAAGAUAGAGGCACUUAACGACCAAGUGACGAGAAAAUUUCCCGUAUUGAAUUAGCUCGUUACCGUUACUUAAACCCUUCUCCACGCGUCGACGGAUCCAACAUCUCGAUCACCGAGGUGCCAGUAUUGUUUCGCCUCAUACAAUAAGUAUUACUGCCGGUCAUUUGUUCGCGUCGCAAGACAUCGGUCCACUGGUUACUCACCGGUGUGUUUCUACUCGUCGCGGUUCUUAUCGCGCCGUCACGUAUCGUCCGUCCUCGAUAAUAAGGAUUCGCUUUUGGGAAGCGCUAUCCACCAUUGCUCGCACCUCGGCCAAUGCGUCACGGUCGUUACCCGUUUACGGAUGGCUUUCUUCUAUUUUGUACGCUUAAUUUGGGCCAUAUUUGUAGGCAGGAUGUACGUUGGAAGAGCUGCUCGACGUCGACUAGUUGACUGACGAUAUGUUAAGUUGCACACUGGAAAACCGACCAUAGAAGAGUCGAGGUAGAGCACGUGGCUCACUUGUAGCGAGGUAGAUGGAAAUUUAGACGUAAUCCAUUUUGAGGUUCAUACUGGGCAGCGACCGUUUUGAGCAAGGAGACAUUUCACGUCAUUCAAUUCUAUUCGUUACUUUUUUAGAUUAGAGUCUUCUUGAACAAAUGUUACUAACGGAUAAGUACUCUCUAUGUAUUUAGAGAAACUCUUGGCGAACACAGAUAUAAAUAUUCAAUUUAUUCUUUUUCAAAAUUUCAAUUGUUUAUUUUUAGAUGAACGUCUUGUUCAUCGUAAAUCGCAUAUCACGGUUGUCCUUGCGCGGCGCAAUCCGUUAUUCUGGAUAAAUGAACGUAAGCGAUUCAACGAUGGCAUGGCCUAUUUACUACUGUAAAACCGUACCGAACUAUUUUCGUACGAGCGAGUUUCGAUAACUCUAGCGAUUUUAUAUUGAACACACUCGUGGCCUUUACUUGAUAUACAUACAAGUAUAUAAAUAUAUAUGUAUAUCGAAGUACUAUAAGUAGUACUAAUAUAACGACUAGCCGAGAGAAAGAGAUGUAAGGAUAUCGCGCCAUAAAGAAUUUGUUCUGCAAACUUUCAACAUAAGGUUGAAUUGCGCGGUACCCACCGAAACUGCUUUGGCUAUCAAGAUUUUCGAAAGAAUGAGGGAACGAGUGCAAGAGAGGGAGAGAAUGCGAUAAGGGAAAUAAUUAUCCGUGUGCGUGCGUGUGUGCGCGCGCGCGCGCGUGAGAGAGAGAGAGAGAGAGAGAGAGAGAGAGAGAGAGAGAGAGAGAGAGGCGCCAAGUGAUAGAGAGAAUACAUUUGUGGCAAUUAUAUGCCAUUAUAAUUUUUAAAAUCUUUUGCCUUUUUGAGAAAACAUUCUGUAUGCAACGGGACUACUACUAACUUGAACCUCGAGACGCUGCCAAUUUUUCAUACGAUGGAAUGCAAAGUAAAGAGCGAUAGUGGCGUGAUACGGACGAGGCCGUAUGUAAGCUUUACGUAGAAGAGGAGAUCGCGAAGUAAUGUAAACGAUCGCGCCAUAUCACGAAAGAACGUGUACUUUGCUACAUUAUUAUCAUCAGCCGUGAGUUACAAUGAUACGCGAAGCAGAAAGGAGAAGAGAGUACAGGAGUAAGGACGCGAUAGAUAUUUUUCGAUUAUAUUUAAUAUUAAAAAUUUACAAAUUAGUAGUGUUAUAUUAUUAAUAUUAAUGUUUACAAUUUAGUACCGUUAUUAUUUUAUUAUUAUUAUGCAGAUAAUGAACGAGAACUAAAGCAUUUUAUAGUCGUCAAUUUAUACUCUUAAGAUAAUCCAGCACGUAGGUUUGGUCGUAGUUUACGGUAGAAAAAAAGAACUUGCAGAGAUAAUCGAGAGAUGAUCCAAUCUUUUACUCAAGUUGUGCCUGAUUAUUUUUUAAAAAUCUUUUCUAUUUGCCUGCGGUUUUUUAGGGGAAUUUUUUUUACAAUCAAAUGUAGAUUCGGGAACGUUGUAAUUUAAUAUAAGUGUUUAUUUCCAAAUUUUUUAAAUUAAUUCUUUCCACUUAACAGUGUACAUACAGAUUUGUGACCAAAUGUACGUGUGUGAAUAAGAUGAAAAGAAAGAUUAUUACUAAUUAAAGAGAUCGCACGAGAUAACAUUCUGAUAAUCGACGAAAUGGGCGAGAACAAACUUGAAAGUUCGUCUCGAUACUCUUUGACGAUUAAACGCUUUGGCAUAACAGAUGAAUUUUUAUUGAGACAUUCCAGAUAAAUUUCCCGCAAAGCGCCCCCCCCCCCUCCCAAUUUUCUAUAGCUCUCUUCGGAGGAUAAAUAUUUGAUUCGAACUCCCCAAAUAGCGGUCGGAGACUGCGCCUCGACCUUUUUCCUCUCUUUCAAAAUUUUGCGUUUUCGCUGGUCCUCUGGAGCGUGCUUUUAAUUCUAGGAUACUAGAUCAUUUGCAGCAAUCUAUCGGCUAUUAUAUUACGAAGUGAAUACGAGUAGUAGAUGGAAACAAGCUCGUUCGCUCGUUUCACGAUUUAUUUAUUACAGCUAUCUUUUAAAUAAGUUGAAAUGUACUACCCGAAAUGUGCAACUAAAACCGUGCGUUUGCUCGCUCGGCGUAAGGUGAUGUCUAGAUCUUUCGUGGUAAAACGAUCUCGGAGCACGGCGAUCCGACGCGUGGGAAAUUUGCACGAAAAGACGCAUUCAAAGUCACUUUUGUUGAAGAAACCUCGAAGUGCAUCCUAGAGUUAUGAGUAACAUUUAUCCAGUUCUUCGAGAAAAAUCUUAAAGUAGCGAGCCGUGUCUCUCAUGAAGGUACCACAUACACGUAGAAACAUGGUGCUGUAGCAUUGUUUUCCUUACUGAAACAUAUCGAGACGCGUGUAUUUGGUGCCUGGUAUGCGUUUCAUUCCUCUUUUGUUUUUUCUUUGUCUUCCUCCUUUCCAAGCUGAGACGCAAAGCUUCGGCGGCGACAGAAUUCGAAUGCACGUCCUUUUUCCGUCUUCCGCAUCCGUGACCUCUCACGGAGGAUCCUCAUAACGAUAUUAUCGAGCUAUUAAGCGAACCAGCGAAAAUACGAUACACAUGUACACACGAUGCAGAAACAAUUUGUAUUUUAACGAGAACAAUAUUAUUUGUUGGUGCGAGGAUAUAAUGGAAACUUGUACUUUCCUGAGGAAGCUAGAGAUUGUUUAAAUAAAAAGAAUUUAUAUCAAA